AUGGCCGAACGGCCGUUUCGCGCGGUGGUGCAUGGGCCCAUCGUGACGCUCGUGUUUGGCGAUCGGCAUACACAGCAUGCGGCAUUGGCGAGGCUCGAGACAUUUUACGAGUCGGAAAAAUUUAAAAGCGUGUAUCUUUCACUGGAAACAGCGGAGCGCGAAAAAUUGUGCCGGGGGUACGAGGCGUUUAAUUUGCCGAUGCAAAUCUUUCCAGCCUGGAUAAAGGCGAUGUGUGCGAAAGAAGAGGUUGCGCCUACAGCAGAGAUGACGUGGCACGAGGCGACGUGCACUGCAGAAGAAAGUGCACUGCUCCGGUACCUGAUCGAGCGCGACGUGCUGGACAGCACCGGUACAAGCCUUGUCGAGCAUGCGCCGACCUACCUCAUCUCUGCGCUCACCACCUCGGCAGAGACAGUGUUUGCGCAUGAGCGGCUACAUGCAUUGUAUCAUUUCUCUGCACCGUACCGCGCAUUGCUUGCGGAGUUGUGGGAAGGGAUGCCAGGCACGGUCAAGGACGCCGUGCAGUUUGACAUGCAAAUGCGCGGCUACAGCGCGACGGUGUGGCAGGACGAGCUGGGUGCGUACUUGGGCGUGCGCGUGCCCCAAAAUGUGCGCGCAGCUGAUCCGAGCGUCGAGUUCGGCAAGAAGAGCGCGGAGACGUGCCGCGAAAUUCGACGGGCGCUUCUCGCACACAUCCCCCGGUAUUGGCGCGAGAGUGCAGGGGUCGAGGAGCAGGUUUUGCAGCUGGCACCCGAGUUCCUCCUACAAGCACGCACCGAGCUGCGGCCCAAGCCCAAGGUGCCUGUCGCCAAGACACGCAAGCAAAAAAAGUAA